AUGCCCCUCGAUGAGCUGAAAGUUGCUCGUGAUGAAAUAUUGAAGAGAAAAGAGAGGGAUGAGAUAAUAGCUGAUUAUCGGGAGAAGAGACAACACAAAAGUAGGCCGUAUCCACCGUACAGGGAGAUUGAACGACUGGUUAAGGAUGAUCUCCAUGUUGAAUAUGAUGAAGAAGACUAUUGGGAUGUGAUAAAUGGCGAUCUUGUCGAGGAAGAAGAAUUCCCUAGCUCAGAUAGUAAUUCUGGAAAAGAGUCUGAUGAGGAUUCCACGGAGGACGAUGAUGAUGCUGAUGACGAUGAAUCCGACAAUUCCGACGAUUAG